AUGGCAGGGAAGGAGGCUUCCAGCGAUGCUACCCUUGCGGCCACCCGUGUCGAGGUGCCGAUUUCGGCCGUUCCUUCCUUUGCACAGCCACAGGUCCACAUGACUGUGGCAAAGGCUGCCAAGCUUCUAGGCUUUGACAAUCAGGAGGAGCUCAGAAAGUUCUCCGCUCCGCUCUUGAAGCAAGCUGGGAUGGAGCCCCUCCUGAGUGGCAGCACCGUGGGCGCCCAGCUCUUCAAUCGCCUGGUGUUGUUGUGCUCCACGAAGACCGCAGCUGCCAAGAAGCUCUUUGAGGAGUUGUCGACGGCCUGGAGGACUCCAGGGCGCGGUGCCAAAACCAAAGAGCUCCCGGCAGAGCCCAUCCAGACCGGGCGUCUCCCAGCCUGGCCGGGCUGCGCGCCCGAUGCCGUAGGAAUCGAGCGCUGCGGAAAGCUGGCCUUCCGCAGGAUGCUGGCGCGGAGAACGGUCGCCAGGUAUACAUUUUUUACAGAUGGCUUGGAAAGGGAAGAAGCAUUCGCAAUGUGCCUAGGGAGGCCCCGAUGCCCGAAAGUUGUUCAGGGCAGUGCAGCGGAGUUGCUCCCCUUGGUCGAUCUGUGCCGCAUUGCCGUGCAAAGGUGGAGCCUGCAUCCUUUGUCGGACUUUGCACUGCUUGCACUGUAG